AUGAUUAAAGAAAUAAGCAAUGAAUUAAGCAAUGAAUUUGAGGAUAAUUCAAAUGUUCCAAAAUUAUCUUACCUAAGAAUAUUUUUACUUAAUCUCUGGUUUGGGUUUAAUGCAUGGGGAGGUCCUGUGGCUCAAAUAGCAUUAAUUAAGGAUGUUUUAGUAAUUAAAGAAAAAUGGAUUACUAUACCAAGAUUUAAUAGAGUCUUUGGUGUUUAUCAAAUUUUACCCGGUCCUGAAGCUACUGAAUUAUGCAUGUUCUUCGGUUGUCUUGCUGGUGGUCGAUUUGGCGUUGGGCUUCAAAAUGAUCGUUUUAACGCUUCUUUCCGAGCUUUACAACCGAUUGUGGCUGCAAUGGUUUUAAGAGCUGUGCACAAAAUUGCUGACCAUGCGCUAAUAUCACAUACAACUCAUCGUUUUACAUUUAUGUUUAUUGAAAGAAAAAUAUAUUGGCUUGGUUUAAUUGUGAUUUUUUUGGAAAUAAUUGGUUAUGGAAUUUAUAUUGGAAUUAACAAAGAUAUUCCGUCACCUAGUACUUUGGGUAUUGGUGUGGCUAAAGCUGAUCCUGGCUCGGCUGAAGCAGUAACAAUAGGACAAUGGAUGUCUGCAACAACAUUCCUCAACUCUAUAGCCAUCGGUAACAUCAUUCCUUCACCAUUAGUAAUGUUCUCAACAUUUAUAGGUUUUCAGGCUGGUUAUCUUUGGGGGGGCCAAAGUGUAGGCUAUGGAUUGCUAGUUCGUAAUCAAUUCUUAGCGGCAUUUUUUGAUGGUAUUUCUGGCACUGUAGUUGGAAUUAUUGCUGUAAUUGCAAUGGACCUACUCAAAACUUCAAUAGUAUCUACUACAGGUCUUGCUAAUGUAUCACCGCAAGACCUACCUGUUAUUCAAGCAAAAAAUAGUAGUCUCUCUGCUGUGUUGUACGUUUUGACAUUAGCUGUUUUACAUGGGUUUAAAAAACCUUAUUUAUCCUUAUGGUUGAUAAUUUUUGGUGGUGUGGCUGGACAAUUUUUAUUUCUCAAUCACUCGUAG